UAAUUUCGUUAUAUUUUGACACAUCCGUACUUUCUUCAAAAAGAUAUAUAAACUUCGAAAAGGUUACAAGUAACUUGAAUGAAGAAGAAAACACCUUUAUCACACUUCCUUCGUAUGUUGUCGUCUGAAUUGAAGAUACGACGCGAAAAAGAUUGAAUAAUAUAGUUUUUAGACACGCAAAGUCGAAUGAAACAGCACGGUUCUGUUUUUCUUCUUCUUCGUCGUGUAGGUUUCUGGAGGAUAAGAAGAAAUGGAGCUGUUUUUGUUUCUGGUAACAAUUUGUUUGAGUUUGGCUUUCUCCGGGAAAUGCAGUGAUGAUUAUAGCAGGAACGAUUUCCCGGAGGGGUUCGUCUUCGGAUCCGCAAUUUCGGCUUUUCAGUGGGAAGGAGCUAUUGCUGAAGACGGAAGAAUGCCUAGUAUAGUGGAUACAUUCGCUCACGCUGGUAAUGGAUCUAACGGAGAUAUAGCUUGUGAUGGGUAUCACAAAUAUAAGGUGUAGGAGGACGUAAGGCUGAUGUAUGACAUGGGUUUAGAUGCACUACGACUCUCCAUCUCGUGGUCGCGGCUUAUAUCAAGUGGAAGAGGUCCUGUGAAUUCAAAGGGUUUGCGUUUCUAUAAAAAUCUCAUACAAGAGCUCAAAACACAUGGAAUUGAACCGCAUGUUACAUUGCAUCACAAUGAUCUCCCUCAGGCUCUUGAGGAUGAAUACGGAGGAUGGAUCGACCGCAAAAUCAUUGGUGACUUCACGGCUUUUUCAGCCGUUUGCUUCAAAGAGUUUGGGAAUGCAGUGAAAUUCUGGUCAACAAUUAAUGAGCCCAAUAUAGUAGCAUGGGUAGGUUAUGACUUGGGAUCAGGCCCUCCUAGCCAUUGUUCUCCUCCAUUUGGGAUGGUCAACUGCUCCAAAGGAAACUCCUCCACUGAGCCAUAUAUUGCACUCCAUAACAUGUUGCUUGCACAUGCAUCUACCGCGAGAUUGUAUAAGCAAAAGUAUAAGCACAAGCAGAAUGGAUUUGUAGGUAUAACCUGUUUUGCAUUCUGGAUGGUUCCUUUUACUAGUUCUGAAGAGGACGAGAUGGCAACUCAGAGAGCCAAAGAUUUCUUACUAGGCUGGGUUUUGCAUCCGCUUGUGUUUGGGGACUAUCCUAAUGUCAUGAGGAGAAUCGUGGGCAAGAGAUUGCCAAAUUUUUCGAAAGAAGAAUCAUAUCUCGUUAAAGACUCAUCCGACUUCUUGGGACUCAUACACUACACAACAACGUACACAGCAGACUUAUCCAGUCCACGCCAAGGAGAUUAUGCUUCAGACAUGCAUGCAUCAAUAAUCCCCUUUGGGAAUUCUUCACUGGUCAAUGUCGAUUUGCUUCCAUGGGGUCUUGAAGGAUUGUUGGAAUACAUAAAGCAAAACUAUGCCAAUCCUCCUAUCUACAUUCUUGAAAACGGUAGACCUACCAACCACCAAUCAUCGCUUAACGAUGUGGGAAGAAUUGAAUACCUUCAUUCGUACAUCGCUGCUGUGCUUAAUUCAGUAAGGAAUGGGUCAGAGACAAGAGGCUACUUCCAAUGGUCCUUCAUGGAUUUGUUCGAGCUCAUGGAGCCCAAUUAUACAUAUGGAUUAUACUAUGUAAAUUUCAGCGAUCCGGAACGUAAAAGAUCUCCUAAAACCUCUGCUCUUUGGUAUUUUUGUUUUCUCAAUGGUAUGACCAAUUGUUCACAAGAGCUCUCGGCAUCUUCUUCUCCUGGUCUUUUUUCUGCUCAGUGAAACAGAAUUGACCGUGUAAUUUUAUAUUGUGUGUUUCAUUCGUUGGCAUUUUGCCUUGUAGUUUAAGUAUUCUUUGUGUUAAUCAUUUGCGUUUUUUAAUAUUAUAGGUUCAUAUA